AUGAAUGAAUUAGAACUGAAUGAAAACGAUUCAUCUUAUUUUUCAAUUAUCAACAUGAAAUGUGAAACCAACGAUAUUAACAGCGAUUCUCAUACUAAUUAUCAGCCAUCAACAUCUUUGCCUAAACCCGAUUCUCAAUCAAUUGUUUCAUCUGAGAAUCUAUUUGUUACCCGAAAUUCAAUUAAAUCAGGAUUGGAUAUAGUUCUUAAUAAUAUUAAUCUAACUAUCGGUGAAUCAAAUUUUUUCGGUAUAAUCGGUCCUUCGGGUUGUGGCAAGACAACUUUCCUUAAGUGUAUCGCAGGUCUGAUUAAAGUGUCUUCUGGUAACUUGACCGUUUUGGGUGAGCCCGUCGAAAGAGUUGACCAUCAAUUGAUUGGUUAUAUGCCACAGAACAUUGAUCUAUUUGACAAUUUAUCGAUUACAGAGACAAUAUUUUACUUUGGUUCUCUUCACUCGAUGUCGUUACAUGACAUUCGUACCUCAUACAAUCAACUCUCUAAUUACCUUAAUCUUCCUAACGAAUCUUGUCUUAUCGUUAAUCUAAGUGGUGGUGAAAAACGCCGAGUGUCCUUCGUUUGUGCAAUAAUCCACCAGCCUAAAUUGCUAUUGCUCGACGAACCUUCCGCUGGUUGUGAUCCAGUAAUCAGAGUUAAACUAAUCAAAUUACUGAAUCAACUUUGUCUUCACAAAAGGUCAACAGUUGUGAUGACCACUCACUACAUUGAAGAGGCAAGAAUAGCAAAUUCAAUCGCUUUCAUGAGAAACGGUCGAAUCAUAGAAAAAGGAUCACCAAAGUUAAUUAUGGACAAUUUAAAGGUUAACACAUUGGAAGAAGCUUUCAUCAAGUUAAUUCUGUCCAGCAGAAACAACAAUCAACUAAUUCUCAAUCAAUGUGAACAACCUUUGCCCCAAAAUAAUAGUUCUAAUCAACAAUUGACUCUAAAAGAUCAAUUUCUACAUCAAGUGUGUAAUCCAUACUUAAUUGAUCCUUUAAUCAGCUUGGCUCAUAAAUCAUCAUCAUUAAGCCUAAUUGACUGUUACAAUUACGCUUUCAAAUGUAAAUCACUCGCAGACAGAAUGAUUAACCAAUACAUCGCGUCUUAUGGAUCAAUAGUUUCUUAUGUGAUAUCAAUAUUAAUUUUAAUUAUCCUUUUCUCAUAUUGCUUUGGACAAACACCAAAUCUAAUUAACUUAGGCCUGGUUAUUAAAGACAAAUUACUUUCGACCACUGAUCUUAUUCAAAUUUACAAUACUUAUCCAAUCUCGUUAAAGUUGUACAAUUCAACCUCGAUUGCCGAUUCUGAGACCAAAAAAUCAUCGAUUCAUGGUUACCUUUUGAUUCCUGAAAAUUUCACACUCAUAUCUCGUUACCGUUUCCCUGGAGCUGAAACCGAUCAUGAUUUACCAAAUGAAACAAUAAUGAAUUCAGCUCGAGUUCAAUACAUAUCAAGUGGCCUCAACACAAUAUACAACGAUCUGAUUGAGUCUCUUUUACAACAAUCGACAAAUAAUUGGACUUGGUCGGUACUAAGACAAGCAAAAGUUAAUCCAGCGAUAGGUAAUCAACCAAUAAUCAAAGAAAAAGCAAUCAUUGGUAAACCAAAAGCGAACGAUUUUUUCAAUCAAGCCAAUCAUCAUCUUCCAAGAUCAAUUUUCUUCGUUUCUUCUAUUGUGACCUUAACUUAUGCGCUGCCAGUUUUAUAUUCAGAAAGACGACCUUCCCUUUUGGAACGAACUCUAUCCACUGGAUUAUCUCCCUUCCAAUUAUUGCUAAUCGCCUAUCUGAUUACCUGUAUAUUACCUGUCCUAUCGAGUCUAAUUAUCCUCUUGUUACCAAUCAUUUUAUCGUCGACCAUUUAUCCAGGGCCAUUUCUCUUUGGUUGGUUUUUAUUGUCGCUAAGUCAAACUAGCUCAGUAUUAGUCUCAUUCCUAUUUGCGACAUUUGGUUUUGACAUCACGUUCACUUAUUCAAUCUUAACAGGUUAUAUUUUCAUGGGUGAAACAGUUUCCGGUUUUCUGUGGGCCACUUCCGCUUUACCGUAUUACAUUCGCCCGUUAUCAUAUCUUCAACCGUAUUUCCUACCAACCGAGGCGUUUAUCGAGACAAUUGUCAAGGGAUUACCACUCUCAACAUGUUCCGACAAAAUACUAGGCACGAUUACUUUUAAUUGUAUCGUUUUUAUCAUUACACUUAUGAGAUUCUGCAAUACAAUUAGUGUUAAAUGA